AUGGAUCGUACUGUAAGUAAUGAUAUGACGGGUGUAAGUAUAAUACUACCUUUGGCCACAAUUGAAGAAGAUAUUGACGAGAUUGAUAACAAUGAUGAUGAUGAUGAUGAUGAAUCACCAAAGUAUAAUAAUAUUACUAAGAUGAUUGACAACAAUGCCUGUCCAUUACAUACACAUCAAUCAAAUAAUGAAAUACCAACAGAAUCUAUUACGACAACUAUACAUUAUCAAAAUGAUUUUAGAAAUCAUAAUACAGAUUCUUGUAGUAAUAAUUCAACUAUUGUUCCGUUCAUUGUUGUUACACAUGAAGAAAUCAAUGCCAAUAUUAAAUCUAAACCAUCUAGGGUUGAAACUUCAUCAAUAUCAUCUCUUAACAUGGAUAACAUAAGUUUAAAAGAUUAUUAUAGUCAAACUUCUUGUCCUAGUUCACCAACAUUACCCAAUAAACUUUUGUUAUCAAGAUCAACUGCUUCCACUUUAUCACCUCCUGGACUUCCUUCAGCAACUAGUUCUACUAGUUUAGCUAGUAGUGGAAAACGACGUGGUCUUGGUUUAGCUAGUAUUCAACGAGCUAGUCAUAAACGAGCACAUACAGGGAGAUAUUCUGUUGAUCAUACACCGAAUGAAUUAUUUAUUGAAUUACAAGAGUUAAGACAAAUUGAAAAUAAUGAAUAUGAAUGGCAUGAAUGUGCAAGAUGGAUUCGAUAUGAAGAAGAUUAUGAUUUUGAAAUGGAACGAUGGCAGGCUCCACGAAUUGGUUGUUUAAAUUUUCAUAGUUUACUUGAAUUACGUCGAGGAUUACAAUAUGGUAUUGUCUUACUUGAUCUUGAAGAACAAAAACUUGAAUGUAUUUAUGAAGCUAUUAUUAAUGAUGCUAUUGCAAAUGGUCAAAUGAAUAAAGAUGUAAAAGAUGAAAUUCUUCGUUGUUUAACAAGUAUUCAUAAACAUCCUGAAGCUCGUUCAUCUCGACGUCGUUCUUCGACAAUGGAUUAUCCUCCAUCAGCAGGACGUCGAGCAAGUUUAGCAUUUCGAAAAAAUGAACAAAUAAGUACUGAUACUACUCAUGGUCGACGAAUGAGUCUAUUCGAUUCAAUACCAAAUGGUGAAUUAAUGAAAAAUCUUAAAAAUCUUGUCGUUAAAUAUGAUAAUACCGAGGAUCCAAUGGCUGCUGAUUCACAUACAAAAAAACAUCCAUUAGAACCAAUAGAAUCAAACAAUACAGAUAAUAAUAGUAAUGAAAAUGUUACUCAACCGCAUCGACCAUCUAUAUCACAAGGUUUUACAAUACAACGAUCAACUCAACUUUCAACAAAAAAAUCUCGUGAAGCAAAUUCAUAUAAAUCCGAUGUAAUGCGAUGUGUUUCAGAACAUGCUGAAUGUGCGGAAGUAUUGAUUGGUAGUAUAAGAAGUUUAACUAGGCCUGUUAUGGCAUUUGUACGUCUUUCACAAGGCCAACUUAUUAAUGAUAUAACGGAAGUUCCAAUACCAGUUCGAUUUAUUUUCCUACUUAUUGGUCCAGCUAUGGAAGAAUAUUUAGAAAUUGGUCGUGCUCUUAGUACAUUAUUCAGUACACUUGAUUUUCGAGAAACAGCUUAUCAAGCAAUGGAUCGUCGUGAUUUAUUACAUGGUGUCAAUGAUUUUCUUUCUGAUUCAAUUGUUUUACCACCAGGUGAUUUUGAUAAAGAAUUAUUAUUACCAAUAAUUGAAACAAAUAAAAUGAAAAAAAUGAAUAUAAAACGACGUUUAACAAGAUUACAAUCUCAACAUCUUGAUCGAAUACAUGAUCCCGAACAACAAUCACAAACAGCAAAAAUUUUAUUAUCUCAAAUGUCAACUGUAUCACGUGAUAAACAUGAUGAAGAUCCUUUUAAACGAAGUGGUUUUGUAUUUGGUGGUGUUUGUCGAGAAAUGCGUCGACGUUAUGAUCAUUACAAAUCAGAUUUUUUAGAUGCUAUUAGUCUUAAUUGUUUUGUUAGUCUUGUAUUUAUGUUUAUUGCAUGUCUUGCACCAGCACUGACUUUUGGUGGUAUUAUAGCUGACAAAACUAAUAAUAGAUUAGGUGUUAAUGAAAUGUUAAUUGCAUCAUCUCUCAAUGGAUUUUUAUUUGGAUUUGUUAGUGGACAACCAUUAUUAAUUCUAGGACCAACGGGACCAUUUCUUGUUUUUGAAGAAAUGGUUUAUGAUUUAUGUCAAUCAUUACAAUCCGAUUUUUGGACAGUUCGAUGUUGUGUUAGUCUAUGGACGACAUUUUUUAUCAUAAUUCUAGUAGCAUUUGAAGGUAGUUUUAUGAUUCGUCAUGUAACUCGAUUUACUGAAGAAAUCUUUGCUCUUAUUAUUGCUGUUAUUUAUCUUUAUGAACCAUUUAAAAAACUUUAUAAAAUAUUUCAAUUAAAUCCAGUUCGAUCUAAUUAUAAUUAUGAUUAUCCAUUAAAUUGUUCAUGUAAUAUUACAUCUCUAUUAAAUACAUCAUUUACAUUAGAAAAUCUAUCGAAUAAUUUUUCAUCUACGUUAAAAUAUUCAUGUUAUGAUUGUGUACCACCUAAACGUUAUACAUCUUCUUCUUCAUCAUCUUCUCUAUUAAAAAGUAAUUAUACAUCAAUAUCACGCGAUGAAUCUCAUCUACCAAAUAAAGCACUUCUCUCAUUUAUUAUUCUUCUUGGAACGUGCUUAGUAGCUGUUGCACUUAAACGUUUUAGACGAAGCAAUUUUUUUGGUCGAGCAACAAGACAAACAUUAAGUGAUUUUGGUAUGACAAUUGCUGUCAUAUGUAUGGUGCUGUUCGAUAUGUUUAUAACUAAAAAUGCUGGUGGUCAUAGUUUAACACAGAAAAUAACUGUACCAAAAUCUAUUCGACCAAGUGAUAGAGAACGUGGAAAUAUAUGGUUCAUAUCACCAUUUCGAAAACGUUUACCGUUUUGGCUUUAUUUUGCAUCGUCAUUUCCUGCUAUACUUAUUUCUGUGGUGCUGUUUUUUGAAGUCGAAUUAACAAGUAUUAUGAUUCAAUCAAAGCUAAAAUGUGUUCAUUCAUCAAAAAUUAUAAAAGGAACUGGUUAUCAUUUAGAUAUUCUGAUAGCAGGUGUUCUAAUAUCUAUCAGUGGACUUUUUGGUCUUCCAUGGAUAUGUGCAGCACCUGUACGAAGUAUUGCCCAUGUCGCUAGUUUAUCAAAAUAUAGUAAAACACAUGCACCAGGAGAAAAACCUCGUUUAAUUGAUAUAAAAGAUCAACGUUUAACUAAUAUAGGUGUACAUAUUCUUAUUGGUUGUACAAUAUUUGCCGCACCAAUUAUACGUAAAAUUCCAGUUGCUGCUCUAUUUGGUAUAUUUUUAUAUUUUGGUAUUGUCUCUAUUCCUGGUACACAAUUAUUUAGUCGAGUUAAAAUGAUGUUUAUUCCUGCAAAGUAUCAUCCUAAUGUGGGAUAUUUAAGACGAGUUCGUCAAAUCAAACGUUUUACAUAUACAAUUGUGCAAAUAAUUGCUGCUGGUUUAUUAAUAACAAUAAAAGUGACAAGUUUUGCUUUUCUAUUUCCAUUCAUUCUUGUUUUACUUGUCCCAUUUCGUAAAUGGUGUCUUCCAUGUAUUUUUACUGAACGCGAACUCACUGAACUUGAUGGAGAUGAAGAACACGGAAGUGUGUUUGAUGAUGAAGUUGAUUUUUAUGGUCAAGUACAUUUACCUAUUUAA